AUGGCUGAGGGGGACGGCGGCGGCGACCAGAGGCAGAAUGAGGAAAUCGAGGCCAUGGCGGCCAUCUAUGGCGAGGAGUGGUGUGUCAUCGACGAUAGCGCCAAGAUCUUCUGUAUCAGGAUCAGCGACGACAUAGACGACCCCAAGUGGACGCUCUGCCUGCAGGUGAUGUUGCCGAGCGAGUACCCGGGCUCAGCGCCCCCUGUGUACCAGCUGAAUGCUCCUUGGCUUAAAGGGCAGGAACGAGCAGAUUUGUCCAACAGCCUGGAGGAGAUCUACAUACAGAAUAUUGGUGAAAGUAUUCUUUACCUCUGGGUGGAGAAAAUAAGAGAUGUCCUAAUACAAAAGUCUCAGAUGGCAGAACCAGGCCGGGAGGUGGAGAAGAAGACGGAGGAGGAAGACGUGGAAAGUGAAGUUGAAGUCCUUGUGGCGUGCAAGCCCGAGCCGGCAGGGCGAGCGCUGGGUUUGGACGUCGGCGCCGGUCAGACAGAGACGGAGGAGCUGCCCCCGAUCGACCACGGCGUGCCCAUCACCGACCGGCGGAGCACCUUCCAGGCCCACCUGGCUCCGGUCGUCUGCCCCGAGCAGGUGAAAAUGGUUCUUGCCAAAUUGUAUGAGAACAAGAAAAUCGCCAGCGCCACCCACAACAUCUACGCGUACCGAAUAUUCUGUGAGGACAAGCAGACCUUCCUGCAGGACUACAGUGACGACGGGGAGACGGCGGCUGGCGGGCGCCUGCUGCACCUCAUGGAGAUCCUGAACGUGCGGAACGUGCUGGUGGUGGUGUCGCGCUGGUACGGUGGCAUCCUGCUGGGGCCCGACCGCUUCAAGCACAUCAACAACUGCGCCCGGAGCCUCCUGGUGGAGAGGAGCUACACGGGCUCGCCGGAGGAAUCGUCGAAGGCUUUGGGGAAGAACAAAAAAGUGAGAAAGGACAAGAGGAGGAGUGAACAUUGA